ACAGCCAAAACUAAAAUGGCAAUGCAUUAUAAAAGUUCGAAAAAAAUUCUCUUGCAGAGAGAACAGUACCUACUUAAAAAUUCCUACAUUUGCAAAAGUUUUCAAGAGCAAAAGCUUCAUUCAUCACAAAGUAUAAGAUAUGAUAACAGAGAUGAAGAACAAAUUGGUUCGGCAUAUAAAGAAGAAGUUGUUUCCGUGUUCCAGCAUAGUUCUCCAAAUCAUGAAACAAGGGUAGACGUGCGUGAAGAAUAUGCCAAUGCAUUUCGAACAGAAUCAUACAUAGAAUUUUGGACACAUGUGGUUGAAUAUUCAAAUGCUGAAUGUCGUAAAUCUUGUUUGUCAACAGAAGAGUCCACCACAUCAACCCGUCUUCCAUCUUACCGUUUAUUUGCCGAACACCUAUUGGACCCAGAUCAGCCCACGGUUACACAGAUCUUGGCCCAAACCAAACUUCAGCCCGAAAUCCAUUCUCUCCUAAAAGACUAUUUUACCCACACUGCUAAUGCCUCUUUACUUUGUAGCCAUUUGUUAAAAGACAUUGAUAGUGUUCGUGUUAAAUAUAGAUCACUUAAUACCAUUCUUCAAUGUGUUUCAACCAAUCAAAUUCCUUCUCCAAUAGUAGUGGCCCAUUUAAUUGAGUUUUCAAACUCUUUAAACCCAUUUUCUAUAUCUGGUCCAUCUCCGUGUCGGGUUCGGGUCAGUUUAGGUAAUUGCUUUGAUUUACAAAAACGGCUUGAGUCGAGCCGUGAUAACGCACGUGCCAAGCUUAAAAUGGUUACCAUGCUAAAACGUUGCUCGAAUUGUUUUGUUGUGGUGGUGAUAACGGCUUCCCUUGUUGUGCUUGUUGUGGCUCAUGGCUUUGCAUUGCUCGUGGCUAUGCCUGGACUAGCUUUGAUGAAUUUGGCUUCGAAAAGGAAGUUGACUAAGGUGACGGCUCAGCUCGAUGCAGCCGCUAAGGGAACGUAUAUAUUGAACAAAGACUUGGAGACAACUAGUCGGCUUGUGGCUCGGCUUAAUGAUGAAAUGGAGCAUUUAAGGGUAAUGGUUAAGUUUUGGCUUGAAAGGAAAGAGGAUAAAAUUCAAGCCGAUGGAGAAGUGGUGCGCCUAUUAAAGAAGAAUCAAUGUAAUUUUAGUGAUCAAUUGGAUGAGUUGGAGGAACAUUUGUAUUUAUGUUUCAUGACUAUUAAUAGGGCUAGAAAUCUUGUGUUGAAUCAGAUCACUGAUUCAACUUGAUUCACCAUCAAGUAAUAAAUUGUUCACAUUUGUUGUUAAUUAAGUUUGACUUAAAUGGAAGUAGUAGAUGAUCAGUUAUAUUAAA